CAAAGCAUAGCCUGCUGUCCUCUUCUCAAAAUCAGACCCAAAUCCUUUCAGUCACAAACCAAUACACUCAAGAAAGGAAUUGAGAGAAAGUUGCGUCAAUUAGGACUCCCUCUCCUACUGCAAUUCUGCUUCUUCAACGCAGUUGGAGCCAGAAGAAUUACAGCGCCACACGGCGAGGAGGCUGCGAUACAAGACACCACCACACAUCAAGAUUCAAAUCAGGGCUACAAUCAAGGGUAAUAACCCCAGGUGUGAGCAAAUACUGAAUCUAGCUUUAUUUGAUCGGAGUGGGAUGACACUCAUGGCGGUCCUGGAGUCAGAUCUUAGAGCUCUCUCUGCGGAGGCUCGCCGCCGGAACCCUAACGUUAAGGACGCCGCAGAACAUGCUAUUUUGAAGCUGAGAUCAUUGUCAAGCCCUAGUGAAAUUGCUCAAAAUGAAGAUAUACUCAACAUCUUUCUCAUGGCCUGUAAGGUUAGGACGGUUAAGUUGAGUGUGAUUGGACUAUCUUGCCUGCAAAAGCUCAUAUCCCAUGAUGCAGUUGCACCAUCAGCUUUAGAGGAGAUUCUGUGCACCCUCAAAGACCAUGGUGAAAUGGCUGAUGAGAAUCUUCAACUCAAGACACUACAAACUAUCCUUGUAAUGUUCCAAUCUUGUUUACAACCUGAUAAUGAGGAGAAUACUGCUCAAGCUCUUGGCAUUUGUCUCCGGCUUCUUGAAAGCAAUAAAUCUUAUAGUGUACGGAACACAGCUGCAGCAACCUUUAGACAGGCAGUUGCCCUAAUAUUUGACAGGGUGGUUACUGCUGAGUCCCUUCCCUCUGAGAAAUUUAAAUUUGCUUCUGGAGUUCAUAUGUCUCGAAGUAAUUCGGUUACAAGUGACAUUACCCGCAAUAUAACACAUCUAAAGUCAUUGGAGCAAGAGUUUACUUCUGGAACUUCGUUAUUAAUGAGGAAUACAUUAACUAAAGCCGGAAAGCUUGGCCUUAUUUUGCUUGAGGAUUUGGCAUCUCUUGCAGCAAGUGGUUCUGCUAAUUGGUUAGGAGUCAGCUCCCUCCAAAGAACGUUUGUGCUUGACAUACUUGAGUUUAUUCUGUCCAAUUAUGUGGUGUUAUUCCGAACCUUGAUUCCAUACGAGGAGGUUCUCCGACACCAGAUAUGUUCGAUCCUAAUGACAUCACUUCGUACUGAUUCUGAGUUUGAAGGAGAAACUGGAGAACCAUAUUUCCGUAGGUUGGUCUUGCGAUCAGUUGCCCAUGUAAUCAGACUUUAUAGUUCAUUGCUAAUAACUGAAUCUGAGGCAAAGGAUCCUACUUAUUUGGAAACAUGCAAUCAUACCCCAGCAGCUAAUAUUUAUCUAGGGUAUCUGGAACGAUUUGAAUAUCAUAAGAUCAUUGAGUUGGGUCGUAUAAUCGUUCGAUUCAUGCUCGAUUUGUUCUUCGAAGAUGUGAAGUGGGUGUUUCUCAGCAUGUUAGUGAGGGCUAUCUCUCUUGACUUACCACUAUGGCAUCGCAUUCUUGUUCUUGAAAUUCUGAGGGGUUUUUGUGUUGAGGCACACACUUUGCGAAUACUUUUUCAGAAUUUUGACAUGAAUCCCAAAAACACAAAUGUGGUUGCGAGUAUGGUGGAAUCACUUGCUAGGGUUGUUUCAAGCAUUCAGUUUCAAGACACAUGCGAGGAGAGCCUUGAAGCUGUUGCUGGAAUGUUUACCAGUAAAUCUAAAGGCACACACAUAACACAUGCCUGUCGCAAUGAGGAGGUUGCAGCGUUGGCAGUUGAACAACCAUGGAUAAAGUUGGUACAGCUAGCAGUUGCUACUUCAACUGCGAGGAAGUCCAACGAAUGGACAAAGUCUUCAUGUUUUCUUGACGUUUCUGGUUUGCCUGAUAUGCAGCCAGGGAGGCAACAGCGGUGGACAAAUAUUUGUUCCGAGCUUCGAGGUUGCUGAUGGAGUUUUGAAAUGCUUUGAAGGGUAGCUUGUCAAGGAUGGUGUUGUCCAAAGCAUUCCUGGCAGCGGUACCAAUGAUAGUUAAUCAUUGUUAUGGGUACAAGAUAUAUGGAGUAAGAACUCCGACCUAGGGUUUCAAGAAAAGAAACUCAUGCAU